AUGCUUCAACCACGCCUUGAAAAUGAACAAUUUAAUUCAUUACCAAAUUUAUUGGCAACUGAUCGUUCACGUACGGGAUUUAUUACAACUGAUCGUCCUGAUUCUUCACAACUUGUUGAUUUACAUGUUUAUAUUAUUCCAAAAAAAGUAUGGAAAGAUGUUCAACAUUUAGCAGAGAACGAAGCAAUGGAAGAGGCUAUAUCAGCUGGUUUCGUUCAUGUAUCACCUAAUAUGAAAAUACGUGAUUUACGUGAAUCAAUUGAACAAUUAUGUGGAACAGAAAGUUAUUUUCCACGAGAUUUUAUUUUUCUUCGAUCUGUUGGAAGAUGCUUGACAAGAGUUAAACCAAGACAAGAAAAUGAAUUAAAAGUGAAAAAUUAUCGUCCACCACAGACAUUUGCACCGGAGAUCUAUUUACUUGAAGGUCGUCAUGAAGAUUAUGCAUAUCUUCCAUGUGCUUCACCAGCACUCUCAUCAGCUAGUUAUAUAUUUGGUAAUCGUAAUCAAAAUCAUUCGAAUUAUGAUGAUGAUGGACAAUCAGCAACAAAAUUUGCUCAAAAUUAUAAUCGUAAACCAAUACGUGGUGGAAAAAAUUAUCCUCCAGCCAUAAAUGCAAAUGAUUCAUUAUACCAUGUUCCUUCAUCAGGAAGACAAAGUUGGACAAAAUUUACACAAAUUGGUUCAGAUCACGAAGAAUCAUCAACUAAGGACUUGUCGAAAUUGAAAGAAGAACAAGAACGUCUGCGUCGACGUCAAGCUGAACUCGAACGAAUGCGUCGAGCUGCUGAGGAAAAGAAAACUCGAUCUGGACAUGAUGAAGAAGAACGUCGUCGUCAGCAACAAAUUGAUGCUGAGCGAGAAGAAGAAGAACGUCGUCGUCGUCAAGAAAAAGCUGAAGCUGAACGUCGUCGUUUAGAACAAGGAAAAACCGAAGCCGAACGUCGUCGCUCAGAACAAGAGAAAGCUGAAGUUACACGCCGUCGUUUACAGCAAGAAGAAGCAGCUGCAACAAAAAUUCAAGCAUCUUAUCGUGGUUUUAAAGAUCGUCAAGCAUUAAAAGAACGUAAACGAAGUAGUCAAAUUCUAACACGAUCAUCAUCGAUCGGAUCGACAUCGGAUCCCGAAUCUUCCAAUACAACAUUAGUAGAAACAUCAAGAUUAAAACAAGAACAUGCAGAAAGUAUUGAUUCGAAUUCGUCAUCCGUAUUAUCAAUAAAAAAUCACAGAAAAAGAAAUCAAUCAAAUUUAUCAACACAUUCAAAAACUCAAGAAACAGUUGAUACAGCACCAUUUACUAUUGAUUCACCUAUACUUUCACCAAAGAAAGAAAAAAAAACCUAUGAUAAUGAGAAUCAUACUCGAUAUGAAAUUGAUAAUAAAUUACGAAGGUCAUCAUCUGAAUCUUUACGAAGAAGUACACCUGAAAUCGAUCCUGAACAUAAAAUAAUUGAUUAUGAGAUUGAAUUAGAACGACGUGAAACUGAACUUAAACGACGUCGACAAUUGGAAGAUGAUGAACAAAAACGAAAAGCAAAAGAUUUAGAAGAACAACGACGAAGAGAAUUAGCUAAACGACAACGAGAAGAUCCUGAAACACUUCGUGCACGUCUUCAAGAAUUACGUGCUCGUCGUGCUGAUUUAGAAAAGAUUCGUGAAGAAGUUAUUAAACAUUUGAAAAAUAUUCAUAAUCGAAUAACAUUACGACGAAAAGAAGCACGCGAUAUGUGGAAGAAAAAAUAUUUUUUUGAAAAGAAAAAAACUCCACCAUUAGAAGAACGUAUUAUAUUAUUAAAAAAUGAAUUAGAACAAAUACAUAAAAAAACAAUUCAAACAAUUGAUGGUGAAGCAAAACAUGCAAUGCAAAUAGGUUAUGUAAAAGAAGCUGAAAUUGGAAAUUAUCUUGUACGAGUAACACGUACUCAUCAUGAUAUUCAAGAUAUUCGUCAUCAAGUUGAACAAGCAAAAUUACGAUUAACAACUGAUGUUAAAUUACGAAAUCAAGCUGAAAAUGAAUGUCGUUCGUUAAGACAUGAAUUAAAUGAAGCUAAAAUGAACUUAAAUCAUAUAAAGACUCGUGUUGGAGCUUAA